GAAAGAAUAUAACAAAGCAAACCCUCCUCAUCUUCAAAUAUGCUUACAAUUCCACAACAAUCUCCACAAUCCACCUUCGAACAAAACUACAGAAACAUAAGCAGUCUCCUUCUCUCCGCAACCAGAUCAAGAACACUCCGUGACGGCAUACAACUUCACGCUCACAUAAUCAAACUAGGCCUCCAAACAAUCCCGAUCAUAUCCCACUAUUUAAUCAACUUCUACUCCAAAACCCAGCUCCCGAUCGACUCGCAACGCGUUUUCGAACAAACCCAGAUCAAAACAUCAACCACUUGGAGUUCUGUUAUCUCCUCUUUCGCCCAGAACGAACUCCCGGUUCUUGCGUUACAGUAUUUUAAAAAAAUGAUUGCUUUUGGUGUUCGUCCUGAUGAUCAUAUAUUUCCCAGUGCUACUAAAGCGGCUGCGAUUCUUUCGAGUUAUGAUGUGGGACGGUGUGUGCAUUGUUACGCGGUGAAGAUUGCUUAUGAUAGUGAUGUGUUUGUUGCGAGUUCGGUGGUGGAUAUGUAUGCUAAAUGUGGGAGGAUUGGAGAUGCACGUAAGAUGUUUGAUGAAAUGCCUGUGAGGAAUGUGGUGUCUUGGAGUGGGAUGAUUUAUGGGUAUGCUCAGUUGGGGGAGAAUGAAGAGGCUUUGUGGUUGUUUAAACAAGCUUUGUUUGAGAGAUUUGAGGUUAAUGAUUUUACGUUUACGAGUGUUAUUAGAGUUUGCGGUAACACAACGCUUCUCGGGUUGGGAAAACAGCUACACGGAUUGUGUUUAAAACUGAGCUUUGGUUCGUCUAGCUUUGUCGGGAGUUCUUUGAUUUCCAUGUAUUCCAAGUGUGGAGUCAUCGAGCUGGCUUAUCUUGUUUUCGAUGAGAUACCCGUUAGGAAUUUAGGCAUGUGGAAUGCGAUGCUAAUGGCGUGUGCUCAACAUUCGCAUACUAAUAACGUAUUUGAUUUAUUUAAACAAAUGGAAUCCAGUAACAUGAAACCGAAUUUCAUAACUUUUUUAGGCAUUCUUUAUUCAUGUAGUCAUUCGGGGUUAGUCGAAAAGGGGAAGUAUUAUUUCAACCUGAUGAAACAAUACGGGAUCGAACCGAGUGAUCAACAUUACGCGUCUAUGGUGGACAUACUCGGACGCGCUAACAAAGUACAAGAAGCGCUCGCGAUUAUAGAAGAAAUGCCGAUGCAGCCUACAGAAUGCGUAUGGGGCGCGUUGUUGACCGGAUGUAGACUUCACGGAGAUACGGAAUUAGCAGCGUAUGCCGCUGACAAAGUGUUUGAAUUAGGCUCGGUGGGGUCGGGUAUGUACGUUUUGUUAUCAAACGCGUAUGCUGCAGCCGGAAGAUACGAAGAUGCAGCUAGAGCCCGGAAGAUGUUGAGGGACACAGGGGUGAAAAAGGAAACGGGUUUAAGUUGGGUCGAGGAGGGUAAUAUCGUCCAUACUUUUUGUUCAGGUGAUAGACGUCAUUUUAGAUCGAACGAGAUUUAUAACAAGUUGGAGGAGUUGGAAGAUGAAAUGGAGAAAAUUGGUUAUGUUGCAGAUACGAGUCACGUAUUGAAAGAAGUGGGUGACGAAGAGAAAAAUAUGGCGAUUAGAUAUCAUAGUGAAAGAAUAGCCAUCGCGUUUGCUUUGAUUACUUUUAAGGACGAUAGGCCAAUUAGAAUUAUGAAGAAUUUGCGUAUUUGUGGUGAUUGUCACACUGCGAUAAAGUUUAUGUCGAAAUGUUGUGGAAGAGUGAUCAUAGUGAGGGAUAAUAACCGAUUUCAUCGGUUUGAAGAUGGGAAAUGUUCUUGCAGUGAUUAUUGGUGAUCAAAAAGACAUGAUGAUGUUAUUAUGAUCAAAAUUUUGCUCUAACAUGAUUUAUGAUUGUUCAAAUAAAAAGUAAAAACUAUUUACUAUUGAGA